CACACCUCGCAGUAAGAAACAGUACCAUGGUGUCAAGUAAGUCAGGUCAGCCUGUCCAUCUAUUUUGUCACCCCCCUCUCCAGCUAUUGCUUGACUGAGGAGGACAGCUCCAUUGAUGUUAAACUGACCAAGAUCCAGCAACACUACCUGUUCAACAAAAGGGUGGGUCAUUGUAACCCUGUGGUGACCCCCCAGCCAGAGAGGGCCAAGCAACAGGCACGCAGGAUGAGGGCAGGCUCUGUCACCCUCAACCACACACUCGGAACGUGCAGGUUACAGCUCAUUGAGCUAGGAAUGCUGUUGUCAGCCACUGCAGGUGUUUGCUUAAAUACGAUGGUGCUCGUGCAGCUCUGCACAGUUAAGCCUGCAACAACUGAAUGCAACAGAGCAUCAUGGCUAUUACUACCACAACGAUGUACGGAGUGAUUGCAUUGAUGACUGUGCUCCGCUAUGCUGCUGCAACAGCUGACCAAGACUUAUCUCGGAUAGUAAUCUCCCCUGAAGAUGCUCUCGUGUACCAAGGACAGAGGUUCCUCUUGCCCUGUGUAGCAUUCUGGGACAGCAACAGUACUACAUAUCCAACAAUCUCCUGGAGCAAAAAUGACACCCCUCUGAUUAAUAACUCGAGAAUCAUCGUUCACUCACCUAUCGAGAGUAAUGUGGGCGGUGUGAGGUUUGUGAGGGGUGUGCUAGAAGUGUGUGGCGUGAUGAGUGCAGACUCAGGGGACUACAGCUGUGUACUGAGCAUGGACGGAGUGGAGAGAGACACUGCUGACUUUGAGAUCACUAUCACUCAAAAAGACGCUCCUACACAGAUUCUAGUGGCGCCAGAAGACGUUAAUCUCUCGUCCAAUCAAACAGUCGUACUGACGUGUAUCGCUCACGGCCUCCCAUCCCCCAUUAUCAGCUGGUCACAAAAUGGACACUUUCUCUCACCAUCUCCCUCCUGGGGGUUAGAGACGGCUACGAGGAUUGAGAGUCAUGUGACAGUGACAGGGGAUGUUCGUUUGGUGCAUUCGAGGCUGGAGAUGUGCAACGUAGGGGGUCUUGCUAGCGGGGGGUACUCCUGUGUGGCUGAGAACGGACUGAGUACGAGUAAUGCUACCUUUGAGGUUACAAUACCAGCUUCUAUUCAGCUAUUCUCUGGCCCUACAAUGUCAAGUGCUCGUGUUGGCUCCACCCACAACAUGUCAUGUGAUUUCCACUCAUUCCCACGGCCCUACGUCACAUGGUCUGGGGUACCUCUCAGCGCUGCAGGGAGGUUCAAUGUUCAGGAGACGAUCGAACGCCGUGAGGGGGUGGAGUUUGUGAGGAGUGUACUGAGUAUAAGCCCGGUGGCAGACUAUGAUGGAGGGGAGAUUGCAUGUGUAGGGACCAAUGGACAACAGGAACUAAAGCACUCAUUUCAACUCGAAGUGUUAGCCCCUCCUCAAAUAGUCGUUAGUCCAGGCCACACCCACACUGCCAUUAGCGACGCCCACACCACCCUCACACUAGCCUGUAUCGCCCACUCAUCAUCACACAUCUACUGGACACGAAAUGACCUCGAGAUAUCCACCGACGAUCGACGGAGCGUAGCAAGUGAUCUGGUGACUCGUGGAGGACGCAGUUUUGUGAGGGGUGUGCUCAAGGUGUGUGGAGUGGGCGUGACUGACUCGGGAGAGUACAGCUGUGUGGCUUCAGGGGAUGGGGAGACAACCACCGCCACCUUUGACCUUUGUGCAGUCGAGAGUACUGGUAUUCUCGUCGCACCGUCCGAUGUUACCAUAGAAACUGGCCACACCCUCUCUGUCGGAUGCGUGGGCUACACUACCGUAUCUAAUGCACCCUCUACGAACUUAUCAUGGACCUUUGACGACCAACCGCUAGGCAAUAGUUCAAAGGUCACAGUAUUGGAGCAUCGUCAAGAGAACAGGAAUGUGGUUUUGAUUCGAGCAACUCUAUUGGUCAAUUGUAUUAAGCCUGAGAAUGCCGCCCGCUAUGGAUGUCAUGUGACCUCUCUUGAUACUGUCGUUAAAAGUGCAGACUUCAACAUUCUUGUUCAUACCCCUCCCCUCAUCAAGGAUGCUCCAAACUCCACCCAAUCUGUCCUCAAAGACGGCACGAUAUCGUUCACCUGUGUAGCCUCUGGCGUCCCCCUCCCGACUAUCUUGUGGUACAAAGAUGGCUCUCCUCUGAUAACAGACGUCGAGGGGCGCUUGGAAAUAAUCCAGACAAAUGUGGAUGGUUUCGGUGAUUUCGAUCGUGCAAUCGAAAGUGUGCUAACCAUACAAAGUGUGGGGGAGGGCGACGCUGGUUACUAUGGUUGCAAGGCCGGCAGCACAGCCGGAGAGACAGAGUUGACCAAUCAAUACCACUUGAUACUCAGCCCCAUUCUCGUAACCCCUGGUGGUCUGGAGACGCCCGGAGGGCUAGGUCAUGGCUCCUAUGUGGGGGGGAUCGUGGGAGCCCUCUGCUUCCUGGCAAUAAUGGUCGUCUACAUUGUCAUCAAACCUCUCAGAGAAGAGCCCUUCACUCCGGUACUGACCAACGCUUGUGUCUCCGUGAUAGCCCUCAACCUUGCUUACGUUAUCUCUCACAAUACUACCCGCACUGGAACUGGAUGCAUCUUCUUUGCUGCUCUGUUUCACUACCUGUUUCUGGUGGCCAUGUUGGCUCUUACCAACCUGGUCAUGUUUAAGGCUAUCACAGUUACGGGCAAAAGGAGAUUGUUUGCACAUGUGAUUGCCUUCUGUUUGAAUUGGGGUAUCCCACUGCUGGUGGUGGCCGUCUCCAUCGGCCCAGACAUCACUAACUACACACCAAAUGAUACUACCCACUUUUGUGGCCCAACACAAUGGCCGUACUGGCUCGGUGAGCUCCUUCCCCUGGGACUCCUCCACCUCCUCACAUGGUGUGUGUUUCUUGUCACUUCUCUACUCAACAGGACCAAGAACGGACUUACAGAAUGGGCGUGGCACUUUACUUCCACUGGCUCCACCCUCUUCCUGUUUGACAUUACAUGGUCCGUUGGUUUGCCCUCCACACAGCACACAGAUACAGCCUUACAUAGUGUGUUCCUCGUAUCCUCGAUUCUCUUCGGACUUGUUUCUCUCAUUUUUUACUGCCUUGCUUAUCGUAAAGCUCGACUUGCAAUUAUAAAGAUUUUCAAACUGUCUCCAUCAAGUACUGUAUCAGUUAAGUCGGCCGUACCUGCAGAACAAUUGGAGGCCAUGUUCCAGGAUAGGGCAUUCAGUGUGAGCGGUAUUGAGGCCGGAAAAUUGGUUCAACUCUCACUGUCACAAAAUGAGGUACCUUCUCGAGAAAAGAUCACUUCAUUCGCUGAUUCUAUAGCUAAAGAAGAUUUCGACCUUUCACUGUCGCAAGAGGAAAAUGGCGACGUUUUUCCAAGUGGAGCUGAAACAGAAGCCAUUGGUCAAUCUGAAGAUCCCAUCACUUCAUUUUGCGAACCUCCCCUUGAAGAAAAUAAAUUGGAUCUAGCAGUGGCAGAGCCAACAGUUUCAGAGCCAUCAGUUGCAGAGCCAUCAACUAAUGGCCACCAAAUACAACCUGCUGAGCCUAGAUAUAUGACAACAAUACACGAACCUACCCAACCUCGAUACGUUACAGCAAAUCACGUGGAUUGUAACCAAGACGAUGAUGUAUUUGCAACUGAUGAAGACGUUCGUGUUCAAGAGAAGGUACCUCUGUCUCGAGCUCUUAUGUUGUCGACCUCCUCCUCGGAGGGUGGGUGUAGAACGAAUGGAGGGUACCGCCCCCUCAGACAAGGGAGCGUCACUGGACCACAGAUUGUGCGCUUUGCUCUAGUCUAAACUGAAACUGAAAACUGUAUUAUACUUUAUUGUCCAUCAGUGUGUGUUGUAUUUAAUGAGUGCAUGAACUCUAGUCUCGCCUGUCA